AACAAAUCACGUGGAUGAAAUGAUGUCGUAUCACCUUCGCCACCACUAUUACUUCACCACUAUAAAAUGAAUCCAAUAUGCCCUCACUACCCACCCUCCUUCCUUCCGCCACUGCACCUCCCUCCCUCGCCUUCUUCCUCCGGAGGAUUCCCGCCAGGCGUUCUUUUGUGGAACAGGAACGGUUUCGAAAAUGAACCAUUUCAAUGUUCAGCAGCAGAACGCCUCUUUCGUGGGCUGUGAAGGCAUCAGAGGUUCUGACUUGAUGUUUGACACCAAGGAGCCUCUGGUUUGUCCCAAGCCCAGGCGAGUCGGGAUUUUGUCUAACAACCCCAUUAGGCCCGUGAGAUGGCAGAUGAGUCAUCAACCCGAGUUAUGCGACUCAAAAGCUGGGGCAGAGCUUCUGGACCUUAUUCUUAGGAAGGAGGGUUAUGGGUUGGAGCAAUCAUCCAAUGAGGUUGCCUUAUCGCCCCCAUAUUUUUGCGUUUCUCCUCCCAGUAGGGCUGCUAACCCAUUAAUUCAAGAUGCUCGAUUUGGAGAUGAGAAGACCACUCCUGUUUCGGCAUUGCCUGUUCCAUCUCCAUCAACUUUAUCGUCGCCACGCAAAGCAGGUUGUGUGAGAAUGAAGUAUGGGCUUAAACCUGCUGCAGUUAGAGUAGAGGGAUUUGAUUGUCUCAAUAGGGAUCGCCAAAACUCCCGCAUCCCAGCAUUCGCCUAAACUUCAUCAAAGUAAGUGUACAUAUAAGAAGGAAAGCUAAAGCCACCAUAGCUCACAAGUACAGCGGACUUAGCAAGAAGAGCGAAUUUUGACGAUUUUUUGGAAGAUGUACUAGUACUGUAUAUAGCGUUUGUUGUCGUCGGUGAUAUCUAAGUUGCUAAUAUCUACAAGUAGCGUGAUGGAACAUCACGAAAGAAUGUCAAACUGUCAAGCCUUGUGUUCGGAGAAAGUGUUUGUACAUGUUUAAAGCCUUUUGCUCUGUUGUAAUAUUAAGAUGGGUCUUGAUUUUUCUGGUAAUCACCAGGAAGAGUCUGUAUAAAAACUUAUCGGUGGUAUGGAUUGGUGUAUUCAUCUGUAAAUGUGUUUUGGUCAUAUUUUUGGAGAUAAAUGGGUUCUGGUUAUUUGUCA